GUACUCUGGGUAAAGGAAGCAGCGCCCGUCUGCAGACCGCGGGAAAAUAACGUCAUUUCCUGUUUUGAGGAGGCACUCAGUUGGCGCGCCUGUGCCUUGCUAACUAGCUUUGUGAAAGCUAUGUUGGAGGAAAAACUGCAGUCCAGCAAAUUACAAAGGUGUAUUUGCAGUGCCUUCUGUAAAAGUAUUUAUGGAUGAGCCAACAGGAAACAACAUGGAGAAGAUUUUCUUAGAUGAGAUGUACGGAGAUCUCAGUUUGAAAAAUUGUGACUCACCUGUGGUUAAUGAGGAUUCAGUGGAUAUUUACUGGGGGCUGGACCAGAGUCCCGUCAACAGUAAAAAUGCAGAGAUUGUUAGUACACCCAUCUUAUGCCAGAAGUUAAAAGAUUCCAUGGAUCUAUAUGAAGAAUUAAUCACUGAGGAGCAGCAGCAUAAAGAAUCUACUCACAAUGAGCUUAAGAGCAAACUGGACACAGCAGAAAACAAUGUUAAAGAAUUAAUAUGGAGACUGCAGCAUGCAGAAACACAGAAUGAAAAGCUGCUCAAUGAAAACAUGCAACUCAAGAAGAACAUAAGUGCCCUUAUUAAAACAGCCAAGAUGGAAAUUGGGCGCAAGAACGAGGAGAUCAACAGACUGAAUCAUAGGUCUGGUCGUUUUGGUAGCGGCCCUCCCUUUCCUCGAUCACAGAUCAACUUGCAAAGACGUGAAUUUACCAGAUUAAACCCUGCAGGGACAUGUGAUCUAGCUGGAUCAGUACAAACACAAGAACACAGGGUCAGCUCUGCGCAAAAGGACCUCCCUCAACCAUCCCAGAAAGACAGAAAUGUUCCUGUUCACCGGCCCAAUGUUGAGGCUGCGGAUGCCCCGCUUUCGAACUCUUCAGUACAUGACAAAGCGAGGGGCGUGGGUACAGCCAUCGAGGCAUCCAGUAAACGUGCUAAUUUUGUACAUGUGAAUAAGAGCAGAGAUUCUAGAAUUCUCCGUCCUGCUGGCAGGGAAGGAGAAGCUCCAUCUGAGAGACAGUGUACAAGGAAUGAUGAUAGACUGCAGGUAAGCACUGUAACACAGGGACUUGCCUUCCAGGAAAGAACGAGUGGGAAGUGUGAGUCCACUGAGAAAAGAGACCCGCACAAUCGUGAUGAUUCUAGUGUAAGCAGUGAAUGUAAGGUGAAGGAUCGAGGAGGAUUAAACUCAGAGCGCCGGGAAGCAGGCCAAGAUCACGUCAAGCCAAACAAAGGAAGCCACCCGCUCACCACUGACUUUUCAAGGAAAUCUGAGAAGGUCCACAGCCCUCCUCGUCAGAAGAGGCCAACUCCAGAAGCUCUGCACCACCGACCUUCCAACUCGCAUGCAUCAAAAGGGCGACACAAGGACUCCGGGGAUGCUGAGGCAAAAAGUAUUAGGGAGCGAAGGCGCAACCAUGACCAGAAUGGGCUGGACAGGAGCACUGCAGAAUCCAGUGGCAAAGAGAGAAAGCAGCACAGCUCAAGCCAGAGUGGUGUUGAAGAGCGGUCAAGCUCCUCAUCCAGGCGCAGGGGGCAGAGGAGUCCACCAAGGGACAAUCGGCAGAGAGAGGACAAGAGUUCCGGAAAUGAGGGCGGCGGGAGUAGGCAAGAGCGAAGCUCUAGGAUGGAGAAAAGCAAAGACCACGAGCGGAAGAGGAGAAAAGAAAGUGAGAAAGGUCAGAGGGAUAGCUCUAGGAAAAAAGAUGAGUGUAAGAAAGAAGCAGAAUCAGGGAGUCAUGAGAGUUUAAGAAAUGACAAGCAAGCUGCCGCUUCCAAUGCACUGUGCAACAGGACAGAUAGCAACGGAGACCAGGCUAAGUACCCAGCUUCAGCUGGUCAAAGGGACCGGACUAAGAACAGCAAAGACUCCAAAGUGACUGGUGAUAGGUGUGAUGGGGCAAAGCUCUCGGACAAAAAUACUCAAAAUAAGAAAUUAAGUUUCAUGGAAACGCUGAACCUCACCCUGUCCCCAGUUAAAAAACCAAGGCUUUCCUCUGAAGGUAAUGACCAAGCGAACAGACCAGCUGAAGGUGGCCAAGAAGAAUGUGAUCAGUUUAAUUUAGGAGAGGAUUACUGUGUCAUUGAUGAGGUGGAUAGUAGCCAUGAGUCCUUCCAGGAGAAGGUGGUACAAUGUUCUGUAAGCCCUGCAAGAGAGGAUGCUCAACAGCCAACACUCAAGUCUGAUUCUGAAGAGUCUGAAAAAGCACCUGAGCGGGUUGGUAACAAAACCCAGUUACCAGAUGAGGUAAUGAUUGAGUCUGAAGAAGGAAGCCAUGGUGAAAACCACACAGAGCUGCGAAGAGCUGAAGGUGAAUCCCCUCCUGCCUCCGACAAUCAGCUGUCCGGAUCUACACCAUUGGAGAAAAGCCCCAGUAAGGAGAAAUGUUCACUUUCAGAAAUUAAGGACACUGAUCCUGAUGAAGCCACAAUUCUCAGCAAAUCGCAAGAUACUCACUCUGAAGAGCAGUCUGAAACUUCAAUACUUCACCCCAUUUUAGCUCCAGUUGAUGCCCAUUUGAGCACAUCCAGUGAUCAGACUGGUCACUCUACCUGUGAGACUCCACAUCCUGAAUCUGUGUUGACUAUGACCCAAGAUCCAGUUGGCAUCUAUAUGAAUACAUCACCUGGGAACAAAACCAGCGGUCACACUGAAUUAUGGAAUAGUCCAGUUCCUGGCCAGUCUGAAACGACUUCAGAGCAUGUGGUUGGCCCUGGUUCCCUGGAAACAAAUCCCGAUUGUGUCAUAUUAAUGGAAAAAGAUGGUGACACAAGUACAGAUGUUGUUUCAAGCACUGUCAACAUGCCACUAGAUACUUGUAUGGCUGAAGUUCUCUCUAAUUUCACAGAAGCGCUUGUCAUUUCCAGUACAGAGCCAGAGAGCUCAAGCCAGAGUGGUGUUAAAGAGCGGUCAAGCUCCUCAUCCAGGCGCAGGGGGCAGAGGAGUCCACCAAGGGACCAUCGGCAGAGAGAGGACAAGAGUUCCGGAAAUGAGGGCGGCGGGAGUAGGCAAGAGCGAAGCUCUAGGAUGGAGAAAAGCAAAGACCACGAGCGGAAGAGGAGAAAAGAAAGUGAGAAAGGUCAGAGGGAUAGCUCUAGGAAAAAAGAUGAGUGUAAGAAAGAAGCAGAAUCAGGGAGUCAUGAGAGUUUAAGAAAUGACAAGCAGGCUGAAUCCCCUCCUGCCUCUGACAAUCAGCUGUUCGGAUCUACGCCGUUGGAGAAAAGCCCCAUUUCUAGUACAGAGCCAGAAAGCGAUGUUAAAAAUUCAGCACCGGAGCACAGCCUGUCAAAAGAUCACACCCUAGAAUUGUCUGGGGUGAGCAGGACGUUCACAACGCAUGUGGUGCCUGAACCGGAAGUCAGUAGUUCCUUUCCUUCACCUAAAAACUGUUCUGAGCCUAAUUCCACUUGGAAUGAGGACCAGGACCCGGUGCCCUCAAGUUCCACUUCAUUCCACGAUGAAGACUCUAUGAUGCUUACUCUGAAGAGCAUUCAGUUCUUCCCAAAUGUUAUCAGCCCACUUACCAGUCCUGUCCGUCCAGUAAAAAACCAAGCAUUGUCCUCUGGGAAGGCGCCACACGUGAAAAGCCUGAGUACAGAAUUCUCCAGUGUGACUGUAACCUUCAGCACCAGCACAAGAAAAAUGGACGUGAAUAAGGAGAAUGAGAAACCCGACUACAGCUCCGUGAAGCUCCCACAGAAGGACCAGACCCCACCGGCGGCCUCUUCCCUCUCCUCCUCCAGCACGACAGAGGAUGAAAAUGAACUAGAAGAGGGAGCGAUCGUCAGUGACAAUGAAGAUGGUUCUCCAGUCCCUGCCAGUCCACCGCAGAAUAAAGCCAGUUCUGUGAUGGCCAGCAGUAAUCAGUCCAGCCCAAAGUCCGCUCGACUUGCCGAGAAAGAUGCCCGGAAGGCGCCGGAGGUUUCUGCGGGUGUCUCUGGAGUUGGAGGCAAAGCAAUGCAGAGCAAAUCUAAGAAGAUGUCUCUCCCAAAUAAGAAGCCCUUCAAAACAUUUGUGCCACUUUUGCCCAAAACAAAUCCAUCUACCAUCCCUGAAGUCAUGGACAUGUUCACACAGAUUCACACACACACAAGAAACAAGUAUAUGGAACUUCAUAAAACAUUUCCCAAAAAAUACUUCUACAAUAUAAUUGACAUGUCUCGAGUAUCCUUUACAGACUUUGUAAAUAAUGUGAACUUUAGUAAACUGUGUAGUACGGAGCACAACCUAAAGCCCAAGCUGAACAACAUCAUUUCUGUCUGCAUGAAUAAAAUUUCCAAUAAUGGUAUCGUCAAGCGCAUCUUUGAACAGCAGUCCCCGAGUCUGAAGAAAAAACUGUGGAAUUUUGUGGAAGGUCAGUUUGACUUCUUGUUCAAGGAAAUCAAGGCCACCCUUUUGAGUCAGUGCAGACCCGCAGAUGUGAAACAUUCCUCCAUGAUCAAGUGCAACUUCAAAAAUACAAAAAAGAAUCUGGUUCCAUUGCUGAAGAAAUUGCCUGAUAGCAUAGUUAAAUCUUCAGUUACUCCAAUGCCCAGAAGAAAGUUGGAACACAAGACUUCUGAACCGCCGGGGAAAAAAACUCUUUUACCACCUGUCAUUCCCCACUGCACUGGUCUGGGGAGCAGAGGUAAAAAUCUGAGGAUGACUGUAAGUGAGGAAGAUAAGGUUCCAGAAAGGAAAAAGCAAGAUCUGCAACUUGUUCAUCAUUCUGCAUUCACACCCUCAAAUAAUGCUAAUAGUCCAGAAAAACCACCUGCUUUGGUCCGUCGCCUUUCCCAUAGUGCCUCCUUGCAGGAUAAAUCUGACUAUGACAUUCUCACUGAGCAGCAGACAUCCAGCUUGACCUUUAACCUAGUCACAGACUCCCAAAUGGGAGAGAUCUUCGAGUGUUUGUUGCAGGAUGGCUUAGAUCUGAUGGAAAACAGUGUAUCUGCAGCAGACUCCAACAAUUGGUCUGUCAGUACACCUCGGAAAGACGGUACUUGUGGCGAGAGUUUUGCAGGGAUACCUCCAGAUGAGGCUGCAACUCCAUCAAAACUCAUAACAGCCUGGUCAGACAUUUCACCAUGCAAAUUCUCUCCCAACUCAAAAAUUCACAUCCCUCUGAACCCAGCUGUGCUUGACGAAAGUUGUAUGCUGGAGGUCCCCCCAAGCUUUGCUUUCGACAGAGUAACACCAUCCUCCACAGUAAUUUCAGAAAGGGCCUAUUCAAUCUUGACUGAGGAUCUGGCAGUCUCUCUCACUAUCCCUUCACCGCUGAAGUCUGAUGGCCACCUGAGCUUCCUGAGCUCUGUUAACAGAGGGCCGGCCUCAGCCCCUGACAGUGUCAUCAGUGCACGCUUAAGCGAGGAUGCUCUGCUGGAUGGGGAAGAUGCUACCGAACAAGACAUUCACCUAGCCCUGGACUCCGACAACACAAGUGUUGAGUCUAGUGGAGAAGGUGUCUCACAGGAGGCCAUCACGUCACCUGUGUUUCAGAUCAAGCCUCAUGUGCCGAUGCAGGCGGUUGUGAUGGAGAAAUCCAAUGACCACUUCAUUGUAAGAAUUAGACACGCAUCUACUGCCUUUGUGUCAAGUACCAUCCACAAUCCUGUAGACCUAGACAAACCAGACAAACCACAAUCAGUAUUUUCAGGAGAGAGAAAAGGUGCAAUGGAUGCCGUGCUUUCAGCCUCAGAGUUGGUAUCUGUUGGUGAAGAGUCUCCGACGUUGGCUUGCCAGGACAGAAAUGUCACCUGCGAUGAUGGUGGUGCAUGUUCCUCUAGAGAUGCUGCCAGAGAGCCAGCAGGGUGUGAAACAGAAUCCCUGGUGGCUCAUGAUGAACCAGCUGUGGAGAAUGAUGAAAGCGUCCUCAUAAAAAGUCAUGGCAAGGCUGGAAAGCGGAAGAAGCACCAUCCUGAGUUGAAGGCCAAGAAAGCGAGGACUGACGAGGCACAGGGAGGGAAGCAAAGGCAGAAGAAGUCAAGAAACAUGAACAAAGAGAUGAGGAGCCCAAAGGAGAAGAGGAGUGGCUCAGUGUCUAUCCCACUGUCACCCAACAGUCUGUCUGCAAGGAAUGUAGUUAGGAAAAGAGGAGAAGUGGUGGUGACGUGGAGCAGGGAAGAGGACAGGGAUAUUCUUAUUGAGCUGAUGACGAAGGGGGCCUCCCAAGAGACAUUCUCAGCUCUGUCAACCAAGAUAAACAAAUCACCUACCCAGAUUGAGGAGAGGUUUUCCCAACUGAUGAAGCUCUUCAAGGAGAAGGAGAAGAUGAAGAGCUGAGCUGUUGAGGGAUGUGAAAUGUCAGCGUUUCCUGCUUAUGUUACCGGAGGGCUGAAGUAGAUUUUGCCGCAAUGCCAGAAGCCCAGCCAAGUGCUCAUGAUGUAGCAGUGGCCUGGAAACAGGGCAACGUUUAAUAUUGGCGGGUGAACCUGAAUCAGUCUUAGCUAUGGUCCCCUUGGGGGUGCAUCAAGUGGAGAUAGACAGGACCCUAACCCUAGGCCAUCCACUUGCAGAGCCAGUACUAGCUGUCCCUAUAAAGGCUAUUUUUGCGGAGGGUGGAUAAGGGGAUGGAGUGGAACUCCUGAUGCACACUGCUGAAACAAGGAAGACUGUCGACAAAGAAUUUCUGAAGUGUCUAUUUACCAGUGGUAAUGUUCAACUUGGUAAGUGGCAAACAUGUUAACCUGAGUUUGCUGGACAGUAGGUUUCCAUCCAGUAAUGACUGGAGCUUACUGAAUUAUUCAAAAUGCACAAAACAUUUAGUGACGUGGUUCCACUCAAAGGAAACUAUGAUGCUCUUUGGGAACAGUGACCAGUGUUGCCAGUGCUAAAGUGACUGUUUUUGUACUGAAGUGUCUUCUUUUAAUUACUGGCAGUCCUUGUUGUUUUCAAGAACUACCUCAUUCUUCUUUAGCUUUAUGAAUCGGGCCCUUGCGCAAUUUAAAGCCUUCAUCUGCUGCCAGAUUUUAGAGAAAGCUCUUCUGCUGAUGUCAGUAUCAUUAUGUUAUUGUAUAAAUACAUUUAGAUCCUCAUGCUAUGGCUACACAUGGUGUACAGUUGCAGAAAUUUCAGAACGUUGCGGUUUUAUUCAGCCUUGGCAAUAGCUCUCCGAAUAAAGCCAGGUGCAGUGUACACCAGUUUAUGGAGACACGUAACAGUUACCACUUCUGAACUUGAACACGAAUGUGUACAUGAACAAGGGUUCAUGUACAAAACAAAUCUGGCAAAAUUUUGUUUCAGUCACAGUACUACAAAGUUAUUUUGAGGGCAUUUGCAUUUUUGGUUAAAAGUGAAUGCCAACAAAACCCAUGUUUAUGAAAUGUUAAUACUUUUAAUGUAUAAAUGUGUACAGAAAUUAUUUUGGAUGAAUGUUUGCUUUUCUAGUUUUUGCUAAAGGAUAAGUCAC